AUGAAGCGAUCGGCCUCCUCCAUCAGCAACAGCCGAGAUACUAUUUCAUCUCGGCUAAAACGCAAUCGAUUAUCUACAAAAUUACAACAAGAGGAGAACGUUACCAAAGUAGUUAAUAAUGAUGUUGUUUUAUGCAAUAAAGAAAAUUCAAUAUCAUCUGAAUCUGAAUAUUCUAAGGACAAGUUAGCUGAAAAUGAUUUUACUUCAGGUGAUAACAGUUCUAUGGCUUCUGAAAAUCCACCACUUCGAUCGACCAUUUCGUUUUCUUCUUCAUCAUCAAAAACUACUGCUUCAUCAAUGAACCAUCGUCAUAAAGUUGGAUCUAAUAUCAAUCAACAGUUAGCAGUGGAAAACAAGGCUUCACAAUCAACAGAUCGUGCUACGAAUAGUUCCUUAUCUUCUCGAACAAGUUUUACACAAGCUCCAGCUCAAAAUACGUUAUCCAAAGGUAAUUUAUCGACUUCAUUAGUUGAUUCAAAUGCAUCAACAACGUCUAAACUGUCUGGAAGUUCAAUGAUCGAAAGUUCUCUUGAGUACAGAGAAUUAAAAAGGUUAUAUUUACAUGAGAAACAACAAGCUGAAGAAUGGAAAAAAGAUUAUAUGGUAUUAAAACGACAGUUACAAGAACUUAGAGCAAGUACUUUACCACGGCCAACUGCUGAAGUCUUGGAGUGGUUGAGGGAAUUAUUCGAUUUAUUGAAUAGUAAUGGUGCAUUUCGAGGUGAUGGAAGGAGUCUUUCUAGUAUUGGUGACGAAUUAGGCAUCGAUGAAAUGCAUCGUAUUACAGUUGCGGCACGGACAUCGCAAAAGUCUGCACUCAAAAUUUUUCGUCUGUUAUAUCCAACAAUUAGUCUUCGAGCAAAUUGUAUUUCAAUUGCAAAAUUACCAGAAACACAAUUACAAAACAUUUACCUUUAUGUUCGACUUCUGCAUCCAAAUUUGAGUUUUAAGAUGAUGGAUAUGCGACGUGCAAUUGGAAAUUCGAUUCGGUCUGCAAGACACGAAAUGCGCAAGCUGGAAUAUCAACGACAAGAAGAGUUGAAUCAAUUACAAAACGAUGAAAAUUUAGAUCCUGAUGAGAGAAAUGAAAGAAUGCAAGAUGUUAUUGAUACUACGGAAAUGGCAUUGAACGCAAAUGAUGCGAAUUUAUAUGAUUGUAAUCCCGAUGGUGAUGAAAAUGAAGAAGACGAUGACGAUGACGAUGACGAUAUCGAACAUCUUACCAUGACCGAAGAACUUGAUGAAGACGACGAUGAACUUUAA